CUCCUUGCUAGAGAAGCUUUACACCUUCCCUUCAACUGGAUUUCCCAUUUCUGCGGUUUUAGUGCUCCCUCGUUCUCUCUGUGCAUUCAUUACUCUCAAUAUAAUUCCAAAGUCAGAUUUGGUUAAAUGUUCGAAAGAGGAGAGGAUUCAUCGUACGAUCACCUGACAAAGAUGUUUCUCGGCGUUCACUUCAUUCUCGUGGGAUUCGAUCCAACCGACGAAGCCAAGGUCCGAUCUAAGCUCGUCGAUGGCGGUGGAGUUGAUGUUGGCCAGUACAGUCCGAGCUGUACUCACGUGAUUGUUGACAAGAUAGUCUAUGAUGAUUCCAUUUGCGUUGCAGCUCGAAAUGAUGGCAAAACACUUGUUACAGGGUUAUGGGUUGAUCAUAGUUUUGAUAUUGGAAUGCCAAUGGAUCCCAGCAUGGUUUUAUAUAGGCCUGUGAAGGAUUUAAAUGGUAUACCUGGUGCCAAAGCCCUAUCUAUUUGCUUGACAGGAUACCAAAGACAAGACCGAGAAGAUAUAAUGAAAAUGGUAGGUCUGAUGGGUGCACACUUCUCCAAGCCAUUGGUUGCAAACAAGGUCACUCAUCUUAUAUGCUAUAAAUUUGAAGGUGAGAAGUAUGAACUUGCCAAGAAAAUGAAGAAGAUUAAGCUUGUCAAUCAUCGGUGGUUGGAAGACUGUUUAAGAGCAUGGGAAAUUCUUCCUGAAGGUAGUUACAACAAGAGUGGUUAUGAGUUAGAGAUAUUGGAAGCUGAAGCUAAGGAUUCUGAAGAAGAAACAGAAGAUGGUAUUGACAACAAGAAGUUUGAGAAGGGAAAUGUUCUGGGGGCUACUAAUUCUCAUGUUGCAAUUCAAAAGAGCUCUGAAAUGUCUGUGCCACCAGAAGAGGUGUCAAAUAUCCAACAGAAAACAGCCUCUCCUCCUAAAUGUGUAUCAAAUGUUGCUGCAGAUGUUGUCAACAAGAGACUAAUAACUAGUCCUAUGAAAGGGAGUGAAGCUGAUAAAUCCCAAGGUUUCCAUGACAAAAAUAGGAAGAGCCUUGAGGAGUUUGAAUGUCAGAGCAGUGGAGCUUAUUGCAGAAAUCCUGUUAAUGAUGAGGCCUCCAUUCCAUUUGAGAGAACUCCCAACCCUAACAUAGGAUGUGGAGAAUCAACAUCCAUUGCUAGAAGCACUAAGAGAUCCCAUUCUGAUGAGUUGAACUUAAAUUCUCUAAGUUACUCAAGGAAGACUUCGAGGAGGUCUCCAGUUUCAAUUUCAAUGUUCUCAAAAGAACAUUUAAAUCACGUGACUGGCUCUCCCCAAUUGAACUUACAAGAAAACAUCAUUUCAAGUGGAAUCAAAAUGCUGACGAAUGGCAAAGAAUUAUAUCAUGAGGAAAGGCAAACUGGUGCAUUGCCUCAGAAGAGAAAAAUUGAUGUUUCCGGUACCAUCUUUACAUCACCUAAGAAGGUGAUCCAUGAUUUGAAUGCCAGCACUUCUGGAAGUCCCAUAAAUGCCAAGUAUAAAGGAUUAGAAUCAUCAUAUUUGAAAAUUAGUGCACCCCAAAUGGAAAGCAUUCCUUCUGUUAGCAAUAGGACAAGUCCUGUGGAUGAUAAUGGUACUCUUAAGUCUGUGGAGAAUCAACCAACUUGCCUGUUAGCAACAAAGCCUUUAAAUUUGACUGAAUCAUUGAAAUGUGAACUGCUUAUUUCAAAAAAUAUGACCUAUGAUGGUACUGAAUCACCUUCAGGCAACAAGGCAGACAAGCAUACUGAAGACAAGAUAGGUGAACCAUCUUUGAAUGUUUUAGAAUGGUCCAAUGUGCCUAGUAAGUCUAAUAUUGAAAGACAUGAAAUCAUCAGAAUGGCUGAACCUGCUGACAGAGGAGAGCCCCAGAAUCAACAACAAGAUGGUGAAGCUUUGUCUCCCAAUACCAAAGACCUGGAUAUGGAUAUUGAGAAGUCUGGAACCCCUUCUAAUUUGGGCAUAAACAAUGGAAUGAAUGAUGAAGCAUAUUCUGGAACAUGUACCAAGAAGGUAGUAAGAAAGAGUUUGGGAUCUAGGCCCAAGUUAAGUACUGCUAAAACUAGGAAGAGUUCUAUUCUGGGUAAACCUAUAAGCCCAAAUGAAGCUGUGCUUUGUUCUGUUCAAGACAAAGAGAAAUUAGAGUAUGAGAAAGUUGGGGCUGAAAGGCUCAAGGUUUCUGGUUUAACUUUCAAAGACAAAGUCUUGGAAGCAAAGGAAAAUGAGGUCCUGUUAUCUGCAAAUAAAUUUGAAAGAAAAACUGAAAAUAAGGCCACAGAGGCUCAGGUUCCAGAGGAUAAGGAUAGAGACGAUCUUGAUAAAACAUUUUGUGCUGAGAAACCUGAGAUGGUAGGGCCAACCUUCAGUGUAAAUGUAGCCAUUGCAGAGAAGUCAAACCAGAUGCAAGGAUCAAAGUUUAGAACCAAGGCUAAAAGUUUGUAUAUGGAUGAUGAUAAAGUGUCUUUGGGAGAAAGCAAAGAUGGAGAUGAGCUCAAGAAGGAAUCAAAUAGCAAGAAGUCCAAGACUGAUGAAUUGACGUCAAAAGCAGGUGUCAUUGCAGUAGAAAAAACAAACAGGGGAAAGCAUCCUUCAUGUACAACCAAGAAAAAUUCCAUCUCUAGGACAAAUGAAAAGGGAAUAUCUAAGGAUGCCGAAGGAGAAGGGUUUGAGGACAAUAGAUGUGAUGAAAAGACAGAUAUGCCAAAGGCAAAACAGGUGUGCUGUCCUGCAAGAAAACCCAAGAGUAAGACUUCAUCUGAGAGAAAGAUGGAGAAGUCCACAGAUGCAGAGAAGGAGAACAAGCCAAUUGACAAUGGAGGUCAGAAUUCUAAUUCAUUAAAAAAUGGAAAGCCAACUGCUAAAUCUAAAAGAGAACCAAUGAAGAAUAAUCAAAUGGUUAGAGCCACUGAUGUGGAUGGGGAACAAAUAAGUGGAUGUCCAAAUUUUACAAGUAGGGAACCUGUCUGGUUUAUACUGAGUGGACAUCAUCUACAGAAAAAAGAGUUCCAGCAGGUUAUAAAGCGUCUGAAGGGAAGACUUUGCAGAGAUUCUCACCACUGGUCCUACCAGGCUACACACUUUAUUGUCCCAGAUCCAGUUCGGAGAACAGAGAAGUUUUUUGCUGCUGCAGCUUCAGGAAGGUGGAUCCUUAAGACAGAUUACUUAACUGCUAGUAAUCAGGCAGGAAAGUUCUUGGUAGAAGAGCCCUAUGAAUGGUACAGGAAUGGACUAAGCGAAGAUGGUGCAAUCAAUUUAGAAGCUCCAAGGAAAUGGCGCCUCUUGAGGGAGAGGACCGGCCAUGGAGCCUUCCAUGGAAUGCAGGUUAUAAUAUAUGGAGAAUGUAUAACACCUCCUCUGGAUACUUUGAAGCGAGUGGUUAAAGCUGGAGGUGGCACCAUUCUAGCAACUUGCCCACCUUAUACUCGGUUCCUUAAAUCUGAAGUUGAUUUUGCCAUUGUCAGCGCUGGCAUGCCACAUGUUGAUUCAUGGGUUCAAGAGUUCCUAAGACAUGAGAUUCCCUGUGUUGUAGCUGAUUAUUUGGUGGAGUAUGUAUGCAAGCCAGGAUACUCCCUUGAGAGGCAUGUGCUCUAUAAAACUCAUGCUUGGGCAGAGAAGUCAUUUGCAAACCUGUUGAGCAGGUCAGAGGAGAUCAUUGAUGCCUUGUCACCAGCAGUAGAGGAGGCUACUGACGAUCUCACUUGUCAAGUAUGUGGGUCCCGUGACAGAGGAGAGGUCAUGCUGAUUUGUGGUGAUGAGAGUGGUUCCAUGGGAUGUGGCAUUGGAACCCAUAUCGAUUGCUGUAAUCCUCCUUUAGAAGCUGUUCCAAAGGAGGAUUGGUUUUGUGCAAAAUGCAAUGAAAACAACAAAAACACUAAUCCCCCAAAGAAAACCAAGAAAAAACCAUCCUUGUUGAGGUGAAAGUAAUAAUGAAUCAAUCCUUUCUUUCUCUUGUAGGAAUAGCAUUUGAAUCUGUCUCUUGCCCUGUAAAUUGUAAUCAAAGUUACAGAAGCGUAGGGAUGAGAUUCUAAUUGGUUCCACUUCUGUAUAGCUUCACUUCACCGCUUCUGUUUAGUGCUGGGUUGAGAGAAUGAACCUUUUGAUGUGUUUAUGGGAUAGUACUGCAAAAAGCAUUUGCUUUUUGCAAUUUAAAUUCAAGCCUAAUCUAAUUAAGGCAAUCCA